GAGCGCAGGAGCCCCGCCCCCACUUCUCUCUGCUCUCGCUGCCUGGAUCUCCGCUUCCCUCCGUGUGUCCCGCUUCGCCCUGGGAGGAUCGUCGGUGGAUCCCUCGGGAGAGCUUUCUGCAUUACGCUCGCGUCAGGAGACCAGUGAACUCCAGAGAGGAGAAAGAGACAUUCUUGGAUCAGAAGCCACAACAUUUUGAUCAAGAUCCAUUCUUGAAAAUUUGGAAAUCUUGGCCCGGUUGGAGAAGCAGCUUCCUGCACAAAGGGCCAAUCAAUUAAGGAGAAAUCAAACUGGUCAGCAGUGAGGGUCAUCCCUGACCUUGACUCAGAAAGCUAACAGAGACCUCUUAGCUGUAACUUUAAAGCAGAUAAAAGAUUGCGACCAGAUUUACCGGCAAGUCAACUGUCAACAGAUAGUAGAAAAUCAGAGCAAGGCAGCAGCCAAGAGGAAGCAUGGAGCCUGGGAAGCUCUUGGAUCCCCCGUCAGACACAAGCAGCACUCCACAAAACGACCAAAAAUCACAUGAAUGCUCAGAGUGUGGGAAAUCCUUUACUCUCCAGUCCCUCCUUUUGACCCAUAGGAAGAUCCAUGUGGGAAGAGGAUCCAGUCAAGGUUUAGAGCAGAACAAAUCCUUCUCUGGAAAACUCACCAAAGAUCUCAGAAAGCCCCCAACACUAAAAAACUACAAAUGUGAGGAAUGUGACUUACGCUUUGGUAAAAAGUCAAACCUUCGUACACAUCGAAAAAUCCACACUGGAGAGAAACCUUAUCAAUGUGUGGAAUGUGGGAAAUUUUUCCGUGAAAAAGGCACUCUCAGAAACCAUGAGAGAAUCCACACAGGGGAGAAACCUUACAAGUGCUGGGAAUGUGGGAAGAGCUUUGCUCAGAACUCAAAUCUUUGGGCCCAUGAGAAGGUUCAUGCAGGAAUCAAAUCUUACAAGUGCUUUGAGUGUGGAAAAUGUUUCACUGAGAGCUCAUCUCUUCGGAAACAUCAGAAAACACACACGGGGGAGAAAAACGAAAAGUGCCUCGAAUGUGGGAAAUGUUUUACCCAGAAAUCUCAUCUGAUGCGACAUCAAAAAGGUCACACGGGAGAGAAACUCUAUGAAUGCCCAGAAUGUGAGAAGCGAUUUAUGUAUUCCUAUGAACUUCAGAGACACCAGAAGUGGCACAAAGAAAAAUUACCCUAUAGAUGUGGGGAGUGUGGGAAAAGUUUUAUUUUCCCAGGAGAGCUUCAAAUUCAUCAGAGAAUCCACACGGGGGAGAAACCCUACAAAUGUGAGGAGUGUGGGAAAUGCUUUUCCCGAAAACAAACCCUUGGAAGCCAUCAGAGGCUCCACACAGGAGAGAAGCCAUACAGCUGCGUAGAAUGUGGGAAAUGUUUCACUCAAAAGGAAAACCUUUCGACACAUCAUAAAACCCACACAGGGGAGAAGCCACAUCAAUGCAACGACUGUGGAAGGUUUUAUCGUACCUCAUCAGACCUUAGAAGUCAUGUGAAAAUUCACACAGGGGAAAAAAACUACAAAUGUAUAGACUGUGGGAGAACAUUUGCUCAUUCAUGUUCCCUUAGAAAACACAGCCGAAUCCAUACAGGAGAGAAACCUUAUAAAUGCUCAGAGUGCGAUAAAUGUUUUUCACAGAAAGGUUCUCUUGUGUUGCAUCAACGAAUCCACACUGGAGAGAAACCCUGUAAAUGUCUGGAGUGUGGGAAAUGUUUUGCGCAUCCUUCAACACUUCACGUGCAUACCCGAAUUCACACAGGAAAGUAGCCUCACAAGUGUGCAGAGUGUGAGAAACCUUUUCCUAUUUAAUCAAAGCUAAAAAGGCACCAAAAAGUCCAUAGCAGAGAUAAAUCUCUUCAGCUGUGAACAACGUUGGAAACCCUUUUUUUACCAAUAUUCAGUUGGAAACCUUUACCAGGAACUUCACACAGUGACAGAAGGGAAAUUGUACAAAUAUUUGAUGUGGGGAAAAUGUUUUUCCUAGUCAAGCAACCUUAAAUCCCAUCGGAGACCACACAAUGAGGCAAAAGGGCACAGGUGCUGGGAGUGUGAGGAAGUUUUGCUCACAAAAGCCACAUUAGUAAUUUAUGUGUGGAGUAGAUAUAAUGUUUUGCAGGGAACAGGAAGUCCUCGACUUAGGACCAUCACUUGGAAUGGAUUUCCGGUCAUACGAUGCUACAGUUUAAGUAUUUUUGUUAAUUUUUACCAGACUUUUGUUGGUCAAUAAAGAGAACUCUGAAGAUUUAGAGAGGAGAAAAUGGGGUGAGGGUGGAAUGAAGAUGCAUCUGGAGCUUUAUUUAGUCAUAAAAUAUUGAUGUUGAAUAUGGUUGCUAAAGAGGAAGAGGAUCUUACUAUCUUUUUUGGAGUGAUUUUUCACACAUUGUCUUUUUCAUGUUUUCAUACAGACACAGAGAUACCUAUAUUGUUUCUUUGUUGGAUCUGUAAAUACAAUCCUUAAUAAAAUU